GAUACUUACAUCCUCUUAUCCUCUUGCCAAUUCGACCGGCACACGGUAGCUAGCGAUCAUGGCCUCCGCGGCGCCUCACGUCAUGGUGCUCCCGUUCCCGGCGCAGGGCCACGUCACGCCGCUGAUGGAACUCUCGCACCGCCUCGUCGACCACGGCUUUCAGGUCACCUUCGUCUGCACCGAGCCCAUCCACGCGCUCGUCCUCAACGCCCUGCGGCGGGACGACGAAAACAGCGAUGCCAUGCCCGGGAUCCGCCUGGUCUCCAUUCCGGACGGCCUGGCCGACGGCGACGACCGCAGGGACCUCUGCAAGUUCCUGGACGGGGUCUCGCGGCGCAUACCGGGCUACGUGGAGGAGCUCAUCAGGGAGACCGGGGUGAAGUGGCUCGUCGGCGACGCCAACAUGGGGCUGUGCUUCGAGGUCGCCAAGAAGCUCGGCGUCCUGGUCGCCUGUGUCUGGCCGGCGUCCGGGGCCGGCCUCGGGACGCUGCUCAGGGUUCCCCAGCUGAUACAGGACGGCUUCUUCGACGACAAGGGCUUCCCGAAACGAACAGGGGCGUUCGAGCUGUUCCCCAAUGUACCGCCGAUGUACACGUCGCACAUGCCGUGGAGCAUCGACGGCGCGACCGAGGGGCAGGAGGUGUCCUUCCGGCUGGUGUCCCGGAACACCCAGGCGACGAGCCUCGCCGAGAUCGUCGUGUGCAACUCGUUCCUGGACGCCGAGACUGCAGCGUUCGAGCUGUUCCCCGACAUAGUGCCCAUCGGCCCGUUGUGCGCCGACCAGGAGCUCCGGAAGCCCGUGGGCCAGCUCUUGCCGGAGGACACGAGGUGCCUGGCGUGGCUGGACGCGCAUCCGGACAGCUCCGUCGUGUACGUCGCGUUCGGCAGCUUCGCCGUCUUCGACCCGCGGCAGUUCCGGGAGCUCGCCGAGGGUCUGGAGCUCACCGGCCGGCCGUUCUUGUGGGUCGUGCGCCCGGACUUCACCUCCGGCGGCCUGGGCAAGGCGUGGUUCGACGAGUUCCCGAGCCGCGUUGCCGGUAACGGCAACGGCAUGGUCGUCAACUGGUGUCCCCAGCAGCAGGUUCUGGCGCACCGCGCGGUAGCGUGCUUCGUGUCGCACUGCGGGUGGAACUCGACGAUGGAGGGUGUCAGGAACGGCGUGCCGAUCCUGUGCUGGCCCUACUUCGUCGACCAGUUCGCGAACAGGAGCUAUGUCUGCGACAUCUGGAGGACCGGCUUGGCCGUGGCGCCCGGCGACGACGGGGUGGUGACCAAGGAGGAGGUGAACACGAAACUGGAGCAGAUCAUCGGCGACCAGGGGAUUGCAGAGAGGGCCCGGGUUCUGAAGGAUGCAGCUCGUAGGAGCGUCAGUGUUGGCGGCUCGUCGUAUCAGAAUUUUAAGAAGUUUGUCAGUCUGUUGUCAGAGUGAGUGAGCUCCCCGAUUAACGCGGCGCCAGAUUUUCUUAUUAGUAAUUGCCUACAACUUGAUUGUAGUCUGUGAGUCUUCUGUUGGUUGAUGAAUGAAACUCUCGAUUUGCAACGUGCA